ACAAAUUGGCAAUCGAUGCAUAAUCGGGAACUAAACGACGUUUGUGUGGGCACAAGUAUUGGAACAAUUACAGAACCCGACUGCUUAGGCCCUUGCGAACCUGGAACAAGUGUUACAUUAGAAGGAAUAGUGUGGCACGAGACUGAAGGAGGUGUCCUAGUUGUGAAUGUAACGUGGAGAGGCAAAACAUAUGUAGGAACUUUAUUAGACUGUACGCGCCAUGACUGGGCACCUCCUAGAUUCUGUGAUUCUCCUACAAGUGAUUUGGAUUCCAGGACCCCUAAAGGACGAGAGACUCGAUCUUCAGUACAUAGUAAGUUGAGGAAUGGCGGGAUAAAAGGGCGUCGCGGCGCUGCGAACGGAUCCGGACCAUCUACAGCACCGUCAUCACCGACGCCAUUUGUGCCUCCUCGACCCGAACCAAAUACAAAGAGGAAAAAUCGAACGGGCGAAGAGGAACCGCCGAGCAAUGGCAGUAGUAAAAAACCGAAACCUCUUCCGCAAUCUACUUCGAAUUCCUCAGGAAGUCCACCGCCUUCACCUAUUCUAUUAGAGUGCCCAGAACCGAACUGUUCGAAAAAGUACAAACAUAUCAAUGGACUUAAAUAUCACCAAUCUCACGCCCACGGGUCGGCCGACGAUGACGAUACCAAAGAUAUCACUUCAAUGUCUGAAAACGACGAAUCGAAUAUAGACGCACCAAGUCCCAUAACUCCUGUAAAAUCUCCAGAUAAAAGUCAAGAUAGUCCCUUGACGCCUCAAAAGAAAGAUGACUUGAUGCGAAGCACGAGCCUAUUGGAGGUUCCUAGUCAGCCUGGAACACCACGAAGCACACCACCAUCUCCAGAAACUCCCCAAAGUUUGCAAGAUAUGUCGGCAUCGGUAGAAUCUCCAACUAUGAAUUUGAUAGAAACAAAAAGUGUUGUGAAAGCGAGUGUUCUACGAUAUAACUCUACGGAAGAAUUUACAAUGGGAGUCUUUUCCGCUAACAAGUCGCUAGUUACUGGAACACCACUAACGUCCGUUCGAGCAGUUAACGUUUCCAUACCUACAGAUCAAACAACAAUGCAACAACCGGAAACAAAUGUUCCAUUGCAAACGUUUGCCAAUCAACUGCAACCUCAAACGAUGUCUCCGCAGAUUUUCGAGCAACCGUCAACACUUUUAAUACCGACUCAAGCUCCACAGGCGUUAACUCAAAAUGCGUCACAAAUUUGCGACGUGGAACCACCUAGUCCUUCCGAUCCGGCGAAAAUUACACAGUUUAAAGUUAAACCCGCAUCCGCUUUGAUGCCCGACGAUAAAAAGGAACGAAAUAAACUAACCAACUACAAGAAGAAAAGCAGAAAAUCUCCAGCCGGUAGUCCACAUCCGCCCCUAAACGAGCAGCAGGUGUUUGGCAUGGAACCCUCUGGCAGAGAUGAAGUUCAAAGUCCGGCAUACUCGGAUAUAUCUGACGAUGGCGCACCUGUGAUAGAAACAGACUUGGGAGAUAAAACUAAAGGUUCGGACAAAAAGAAUGAAACCGGUCAGCCUUUAUCCCAUCUACCUCAGUACGGAAUGUAUCCUUUCUAUGGGCAACCUCCAUAUAUGAUGUCCUCUGUUCAGCAGCAGUCUCAGGAUCCUACGAAAACAAAGGAGCCUGAGAAAGUAAUAGAAAAGAUUGCGGAGAAAGAAAUCAAAAAGGAAGCUUCGGAAUAUCCGCAGAAGGUUAUGCCACAGCAUUAUUACAAUCCCUACGGAUAUGUUCCCGGUUAUCCAUAUAAUAUGGACCCGAAUUUUGGAUCGGUCCCCAUUGUUCAAGAUGACAAAAAUAAAGAAGAGCGAGUGAAGGAAAGUCCAAGUCCUGCAGAUCACACCGUCAAACAAACGGCGCCCAUUCCUAAUCCUAUACAAGUACCAACACCUGGCAAAUUAAAGAACGAAAUAACGCUUAAAGAGAAACAACAAAACGAAAAUCACCAAAUAUUAAAGGAAAGUAUAGAGAUCAAGACGCAAAUGAGUCCGUACAUGUAUUCGAGACAGCAACAAACGCAACACAGUCAGAGAGAAGACGAUAUGCGACGAUUUUAUGGAUAUUCAGAUCAAAGGCGCAAAGAGCAAGUGCUCGAACCGAAAGUUCCAAUGAGUAAAGGACCGCCACUUGCGGCACCGAGCUUGAAAUCCAAAGAAAAGAUCGAGGAGAAAAAAGAGAAGGAAGUGAAACACGAGGGUGUCAAGCCAACAAUGGAAACUCAAGGACCUCCACCUCCCCCCACUUCUCAAUACGCUUACAUCCAUCCAAGUUACAUGCAGUCGCCUCACUACGGACCAUUACCGUUUGAUCCCAAUCACCCGAUGUACCGUGGAAUAAUGGUGCCAGGUCCGUACAGUGGGAAUCCGUACAUGCAUCCCCAAAUGCCUCGAUAUCACGCGCCCGAAGAUCUAUCGAGAGCCCCGCCUCCUACUAAAGCGCUCGAUAUGCUCCAGCACCACGCGCAGUAUUACUCGUCUCAUAAGAUUCACGAACUGCAGGAGCGUGCCAUAAAGUCGCCCACGCCGAAGACGUCGGUAGCGAGCGCGAGUCCGUCUGGCAGUGCCGGUUCCACGCCGGGACAGACUCAGAAUCAAAUGAUGGGCUGUGUUACUUCGCAACCAAGUGGGACAAUUGCGGUGGGGGGUAAGCAGACGCCGGGUGAGAACAAAGAGUCACGGUCUCCGCCUCCACAAAGACAUGUACAUACACACCACCAUACGCAUGUAGGGUUGGGAUAUCCUAUGUAUCCUGCUCCCUAUGGAGCCGCAGUAUUAGCGAGUCAACAAGCAGCUGCAGUUACUGUGAUUAAUCCGUACCCACCGAAGUGAGAGGCGAUAAACUCUAGAGCUCUGCCAGUGUCAGUGUAGUGACUCGAGCAUUCCAUAGUCUGUGUCUUGUAAUUAGUGCGCACCGCCAUUGUAACCCAGUGACUUUGUUUCUAGAUCCACGGCUGUUUUGCAAUGCAAACGUGUUGUAAAUGAUUUAUUUUAUUGUAAAUAGUGUAAAGGCUAAUGUCUUUUAAAGUCAUAGAUAAUAAUAUUAUUGUAGUAGACUGAAGUUUUAAGCCUAGUAGGUACUGUGUAUUUUUUAAUGUAAACUUUCUCAACAGUAAUAAUUCAAAUUUAAAAGUUUUGAAUUUUAUCACUUAUUUACUUCAUUCCAGUUUUAAUGGAGUGGCUGUAAUUAGAAAAAUUGUUUACAAGUUACAGGUACAAAUUGUACAUUUUGUAACAUUCUUCGUGGUAUAUUCAUAAGUUAACAUUCUGUUUUAGUAUAAAGAAAUUUUAUAUUCACACAUAUUCGUGCGACAGGUAUCAAAAUUAUUUGCGAUAUCCUGUCACUACUCACACACAUAAUUUAAUCGCUCCUUUAUUAAAAACAAACUAUAAAAUUUGAAAAUAAACAUUUUUCAUUCA